AUGAACGACGGGCAACAGACGUACGACUACCUGAGUCAGAUUCCGGGCUAUGGAAAUAGUCCACGAGUGCCGGCGAACCCGACAGAUAUGACCACCUUGACGUCAUUCCAACCGACCCACUCCAGUGCUUCGUACGAGCCGACCCCGAAUCCUUACGAAAGCUAUCGGAGCCCCUACCAGCCUUACUACUACCCUAAUGUUGCGCAAUCAGGCAGCACGGCGUUCUACGGGGCCCAGCUGCACGCGACGCAGAUGGACAGCUUCCCAUCCACCACCCUCCCCUCCACCCAGUUCAACCCCAUCUCCACGCAAGUGCCCGCCCUUGAGAUCAAGGAGACCAAGCCACACGUCGAGCUAAAGCCGGAAAUUGCGACAGCAGAACACCACAUCCCGGCCUCGCAGCCGACAGCAGAGCCUACGACGACUGAAGAAGCUAUCCCGGUGCCGAGAAAAGAUCGUCGAAAAGCUGCCACAAUGAGGGAAAGGAGGCGUCUUCGCAAAGUGAACGAAGCUUUUGAAGUCGUCAAAGCCCGCACUUGUCCGAAUCCGAAUCAGAGAUUGCCUAAGGUAGAAAUCCUGCGCGCCGCCAUCGAGUAUAUCAACAAGUUGGAGGGGAUGUUGGCUGAGCAGGGGAAGAUGACGAAGCUCAUGAUCCAGAAUCAGGCAAUGGCACAACAGGCGGCGAAUAUGCCGGAUUAUAUGUCAGCCGCCCCAGCCUACUACGGCCAAGGCGAUGGCCGCUUCGAUGAGGAUGAUCAGGGCGGGAUGAGCGUCGACUCGGAGGGCAGUGGGGAUGAGGAAGCCUCCCUCUCCUCCCAGCAGCACACCGUUGCUGCUCACACACGGUCGAAGCGCAACUCGUUGGAGCGGUUGACAAAUAUUGUCGCUAAUAUAAGACACGAAGACGGACAAGAAGUUGUUGAGAAUGCUGUUGUGGUUGGGGGCGAAGCCCAGCUUCAGCCUGCCGACCCGACCGUCCCGACCACCGAACACCAUGAUAUUACCACGUUA